CAGGUUUCGAGCAACGAAAACAGCAACUGACGACAAAAACUCGCCAGUUUUACGUGUCAGAGAUUUCGCUUCACGAAAAUACCUACCAAAAUUACCGACCCGCGUCCUGACCAGACCUAAUUUGACGCGUCUCGCGUCCCGGCGCGACUACACUCCCUCUCUGCUGUUGGUCCUUGCCCGUCUCACCGAGGACUUCGUUUCGCAAUUCACGACUUCCCCGAUUCUGGGAGGCCUAGAGGAGUCCUCGAGCAUUAUGCGCCGGGCAUGAGAGCCCCGCCGCCCUCUUGCCCGCAUCCGCUUGUUAUGCGCGACGCGUCCUGCUGCGCCGUUUGACCGAACCCGCCGACCGUCGUGUUGCAAGUGUUCUCGCAUUCUUCAGACGCAGAGGUCGAGCUGGGAAACAAUAUUACGAAAAUGGCGGACGCUCAGCUCAUGGAGGAGGAGCUGCAGCAAAGCGCCCUGCAGUCCGAGCGGGAGGCGAACCCUGCCCAAGAAGGCUUGGACGGGGAUUUGGAGACGGGUGACGGCAGUGCCUUCGCACCCCAGAGCCACAUAAAUGUCGGUGCGGGAUCCAUGGAUGGUGAUGGGGAUGAAGAUAUGGAAUAUGACGAGCGGCAAAGGGAUGAAUCCGAGCUUGACGAGGAACACGACGACGAGAGCCACAGCGAUGGCUCUGAAGAAGAUGAUGAUGACGAUGUCUUCGAGGAGGAUGCCGAGGGAGAAGAAGACGAUGAACAAGUGCCCCGGAGCCACCGACCGCUGCGCAGAUCGGCAAGCAUGACAAACGGCCGCGGAGACGGAGACGACGACGGCGACGGCGACGAUGAAGAAGGCGUCGGUGCUGUCAAAAUACGACCGGGACAGACGGACGAUGACGAUGAGAGUAGUGUGGAUUCUGCGAGCCUGGAGAGUAGUAGCGAUGCUGAAUCCGAGGACGAGGCAGAGUGGGACGCUGCCGAGAACGACGAUGCCGAUGAGGAUGAGGAAUCUGGAAACACCGCGGGCCACUGCAUGUUCUGUAAACAGGACGAGGAACACGACCCAGCCGAGGAGUUCGAGGUAUUCCUGGCAUGCAUCAAGUGCGGGGACAACGGUCCCGAAAGCUGGAGAUGUCCAAAGUGCGCAGACGAAUCGGACUCUGCUGCCGCUGAAGAAGUGAACGAUGAAGUGAGGAUGGACGGAAUAACCGAUGCGACAGCCUCUCCCGCAACCAGGCGGGCAAGCGCACCCAAGCUCGCCCGAGAUUUGCUUCCUUCUCAGCGAGGGACCAUCAAACCCGACUCUCACUCCGUCUUCAAUCAGCUGGUUCUUGACGAGGACCCGAUGGAUGGAUCCCGUGUGCUUAGAAAGCGCAAAACAUCAUCGGUCGUCUCAGAUGAACACGGUGUGGCCCUCCGGAAGCGGCGUAGGAAUACCUCCGAGGAACAUAGCAACGAGGGUGCAGCAACCGGACAGGACGACUCAUCUCGGCCGGUUUCCAGGUCUCUACGGAUCAAGAUCCCUAAUUCGCCGGCAACCAUCGUCAAGAGCACUCGCAAUAGCAUUAUUGUUAGGUUCCGUGUGAACCCGUCCGCGCUCCGGCAGAUCCUAUCCAGGAAUCCCAGAGGGCCGAAAAAACGGUCUAGCAGGUCCAGGAGGCGGACGUCAAGAAGCGAGUCUACCCGUGCCGCCCCCUUGCCCAUGGCGGCCAUUACGACACCAUUCACACCCAGCGCCUAUUCGCAACCCUUCUACUCGUUCUAUGAUAAGGAAACCGACGAGUUGAAAGGCAAGCCGUACGGCGGGAUUCUCACCGAAGCGGAGGCGGACACCUCCAAGACGAUGCCAGCAAACGAAGACCGCCGGCGCUUUGACGAAGCCAAACAGAAAGCCGAAGAGGAAUGGAGGCAGCGGCUACUCAAGAUGCAGGCUGAAGUGGAGGUGCCCGUCAAGAAGUCGAGGAAGGCAUCCGGCCCCGCCAGCCAAAUUGAAUGCAUCGAGUUUGGCGGCUGGGAGAUCGACACCUGGUAUGCUGCUCCUUACCCCGAGGAGUAUAGCCGGAAUCGCGUCCUUUAUAUCUGCGAGUUCUGCCUCAAGUACAUGAACUCGGACUACGUGGCUUGGCGCCACAAACUGAAGUGUCCGGCGAAGCAUCCCCCCGGGGACGAGAUUUACAGGCACGGCUCGGUCUCGGUCUUUGAGGUUGACGGCCGCAAGAAUCCAGUUUACUGCCAGAAUCUGUGCCUCCUGGCGAAGCUCUUCCUCGGAUCCAAGACUCUCUAUUACGACGUGGAGCCGUUCCUCUUCUAUGUGCUCUGCGAAUACGACGAUCUGGGCUACCACUUUGUCGGCUACUUUUCGAAGGAGAAGCGCGCCAGCAGUCAGAACAACGUCUCUUGUAUUCUUACCCUCCCAAUUCACCAGCGAAAGGGAUACGGCAACCUGUUGAUCGACUUCUCCUAUCUUCUCACCAGAGUGGAGAAGAAGACGGGGUCCCCCGAGAAGCCACUCUCGGACAUGGGAUUGGUUUCGUAUCGGAACUACUGGCGGCUCGUGAUGUGCCGCUACCUUCUAGAGCAUUUCUCCGAAGAGAAGUCCGGCAAGACGGGUCUCAGCAUCAAAAAGAUCUCGGACGACACCGGCAUGACGCCGGACGACGUGAUUUCGGCAUUGGAAGGGUUGAGAUGCUUGGUCCGGGACCCGCAAACACAGCUAUACGCCUUCCGGGUUGACCUUAACUACUGCCGAGAGUAUGUGGCGAAGUGGGAGGCCAAGAAGUACGUGCAGCUCAAUCCGAAGGCUUUGACGUGGACGCCGUACGUCAUGGGUAGAAGCAACGCGACGAACUUCGAGUUGGGCCCGGCGUUGAACGCGAUUGCCCCGCGGGAAGAGGAGGAGGAGGUGAAGCCGGUUGUCCCCUCUCAGGAACCACUGGUCAACGGGACAGGGCCGCCGAGUCAGGAAGACACUCCCGCCGAGGAAGCAAAGGUCACGCUCGAGCCUGCGGUUCUGGAGUCAACGGAGCCAGGCAAGACGGCCGGCGCAGGUAGCGUUGCCAACGACGACAGCAAGCCCAACGGCAUCCUCACCGACGGCGACCUUGCAGAACAACAGAAGCGCCAAGAGCCCGAGCCCGCGCCCGCGCCUGCGCCCGCGCCCGAGCCCGAGCCCGUCAAGCCCCGGCCCGAGGACUGGAUGCAGCAGUACAAAGACAUCCCACCCACGCGCUUCGAGGUGGUGCCGCCGGUCAACGGGCGCCGCGCGGACCGCUCGCGCGCCCUUAUCCCGCGGCCGCCGGUCGUCCGGCCCGCCAGCAGCACCCCGCGACCGCGGCCCCGGCGGUCCGCCGGCGGCCGCCGCUCCGCCGCUUCCCGGCCGAGGACCGGCACGAGCAGCAGCAGCAAGCGCAAGCCGGGAGGGACGGGCCGCGGGCCGGGGCGCUGGCCCAAGGGCACCAAGAAGAGCGACUACGGCAACGCCGACAGCGGGCCGGGGCUCCCGCCGGCCUGGAUCGCGGAGCGCGCGAGGCUGGCGGCGCUGGCGGCGGCGCGGAAGAAGGAGGGCGCGGACGUCAAAGAUACGGUGCAGGUGCAGUCCCCGACGGUUUUUCCGACAGUGGACGCCGAGCAGAGGGUUUAG